AUGAAUGAGACCCAUGCCAACAGCAAUGUCAUCAGUAUCAGCGCUACUGUGGAACUGUUCCAACUCAUCAUGUACACCCCCAUAUUCACCCUGGGAUUGCUGUUCAAUGUGAUGGCUCUGUCGUUCCUGUUUUUUAAGGUUAAAAAGCUGUCAGAAUCUACGGUCUACAUGAUAGCCCUUAUUUUCCUAGAUACUUUGCUGCUAUUUACUCUUCCUUUUAAAAUCAUUUCCUACCACCUUCAGGACCAUUGGAACUUGGGCUCUGUGUUUUGCUCCACCUUGGAGAGUCUUUACUUUGUAAACAUGUAUGGCAGCAUCCUCAUCUCCCUCUGCAUCUGUGUAGACCGGUACAUUGCCAUCCAGCACCCUUUCAGAGCUCCCGCCCUGAGAUCCAUCAAGAAAGCUGCUAUGGUCUGUGCCAUCAUCUGCCUGGGCACCUCUGCUGGGACAAUCUCUACUUUCCAGCUGCAUGGAAAGGGCCACAACAUCUCAUCCUGCUUCCAUAACUUUUCCAAGAGCACAUGGGAAAACAGAGGCCUGUUCAGCACCUUAGAAGCCACCUUCUUUGGCAGCAUGGCAACCAUGACCUUCUGCACUGCUCAGACCAUCAGGUGCUUGAGAAAGCACAGAAAACUGGGUAACCCCCAAACACACACCAUGAGGGCAGAGAAGAUAGUGGUGACAAACCUUGUGGCAUUUCUGGUGUGUUUCACACCUUACCAUGUGGCAUACUUCAUGUACUUCUUGGUGAAGAAUAACAUCAUUCACACCAGGUUUCAGCAGGUGCUACGAGACAUCCUUCAGGUCACCCUUUGCUGGGCAAACUUGAAUUGCUGUCUUGAUGGGGUGUGUUAUUAUUUUGUUUUAAAGGAGUCCUUGGAGGACCCAUUACAAAACAGUGUAAAAACAACCACAUGA